AUGGUCUUGCCUCUAACUGCGAUUGUGACUGGUGCGGCGCGGGGAAUAGGUCGAUCAAUAGGGCAUCGCCUCGUCCAGGAUGGCUACCGCGUUGCUAUAAAUGACAUUCCAAGCUCGACGGCGGAGAUAGAAGAGCUCGUAAAGGAGCUCAACAGUAUCUAUGUUAAGAGUAAGAGUCCCGUUGAGAAAUCCGGCGCACCACCGAUUCGAGCAAUAGCCAUACCCGGAGAUGUGACCUCGCAGAGCGACGUGGCCGCAAUGAUAUCGAAAACCGUGUCCACGUUAGGACCACUGCACCUCAUUGUUGCCAACGCGGGGAAAGCCCCGGUCAAGUCUCUGCUGGAUUCUACGGCAGAGGAUAUAACGGACGUGUUCGCUUGCAACUUCAAUGGAGUUUUCAACUGCUACACCGAGGCAGCCCGCCAGAUGAUUGCGCAAGGCGACCCGGAGAAGAUAUUUGGACGGCAGAAGUACAAGAUUGUCGGCGCUUCUUCAAUCGCCGGGUUCAGAGCCUUUGCGGCGCUGGGGCUGUAUUCUGCUAGCAAAUUCGCAGUUCGUGGGCUUACCCAGGCCAUGGCUAUGGAACUCGCUUCACAUCAUAUAACUGUCAAUGCAUACGCACCGGGAAUAGUGGGGACGUCGAUGUGGGACGAGGUAGAUAGGAUGCUAGGGCAUAUUGAGGGGAGGGCGCCUGGCGAGACUCUGCAACAUUACAGCAAGAGUAUUGCGCUUGGAAGGACGAGUGUUCCCGAAGAUGUUGCUGGACUAGUUGGUGGCUUUCUUGCGAGCAAAGAUUCAGACUACGUGACGGGGCAGACUAUGCUGGUGGAUGGAGGCAUCGUUCUUACCUGA